AUGAAAAGAUACCUCUCCGGCGCUUGCAUUCUAUUCGUAUUGGGCGGAAUAUCAGGAGGUCACAUAGCAGUUGAAGCUCUUCCAAUUCAUAACGGCGUAUCCUUCCACGAGGGUGACAUUGUCAUUAAUGUUAUAGGUCCGGGAGAUGGCUCCAACAUUCAUGUACAAGAACAAGGACACACACUGCUAUUUCCCCAAGUACAGUCACCUGCAGGCUCUCAGCCACUCAUACCAUUCCAAUCCGAGCCUCCCACCCCAGCUAUAGUACAGCCUGCCGGACACACUCCAUCACCAAUACCAGUCCCGCCAGCAGGAGAGCCUUUGGGAAAUCCCUCAACACCACAGUCGCCUCCCCCGCCAGCUCAAGCUGCGCCAUUUGCGAUUCCGACUCCACAAGUGCAGCAGGCUAGUAUUCCUGCAGACGCCUGCGAUUGCCAGUGCCUUUGCCCCUUUCACUUUUUCGGCAUCACGGCAGUGAAUUUAGCGUCAACCGUCGAUAUAGGAGGCGCACCAUUGCCAACAACACUCGCCACUGUCGUUUCCCCAUCUGUAUCAGAGCUUCAAAUUUCCACCACCGCAGCUGAAGUUCCCUCCUCCCCACCGGCCAAAGGUACAGCAACUGCCUCUUCAACGUCUCCCACCAUUCUAGACAUUCACUCUUCCAGCACAUCAGCAAUUCCCGUACCCCCUGUGGCUCUGCCGGAACCAUCGAAAGACAGUGCAAUAACCGCUGUUGGUACACCUCCCUCCCUAAGUGAAAGCACGGCCACCAGUGCAGUUGAGUUGGCAACAACAAACGAACCAGCGCGUACGGCGUCGACAGAGACACCAGUGCCAAAUGCAGGUGCUACCCAACAAACAGACACAGAGGCGGAUAUCCCACAGCCAACAGGAACAAAAGUGACGGCCACAGCGGAUGUUGUCGUAACAUCGGAAGAUCCAGCAACCAUAACAGACGCAGACUUCACAAAGAAAGUAACAGAGAAUACGGGCGUCAGUGCUACUACAACUAAUACUAUACCAGAAACAAGUACGGCUUCCACUCAAACAGGGACAACACCGGCGGCAGCGGAAACAGCGCAACCAGAGAAUGAUCCCGCAGCAGCAGACAGUUUUGAUAUCGGCACCAUCAAGCUCCAUAGCGUGCUAACAUUAAGACUUGGGGGUUAG